GGAUCUUGUUCUCAACAAGGAAAUUCGUUGAGGUGCUCGAGGUAGCAAGUGUGGUCUUAGCAACUGAGGAGUUUAGAAAUGCCUCCUAGAAGGUCAGUUAGAGUGGGUCGAGGUCGAGGUCGAGGUCGAGGCCAAGGCCAAGGCCGAGAUGAUGGAGGGAUCAAUGAACCACCUCAAGCACCACAGGGAUGGGAAGAGCGCAUUGCCGCACUGGAAGGAAUCAUUCAUAGGCAGGAUGAAGAACUUCGUCAGCUGAGACGUCAACCGGAGCCGCCAGUCCAAAUAAGGCAGGAUGCAGAAAAUAGAGACCCACCAGCUGCAGUGGUAUAUCCUGCUAUAGAGGCUAGACAUGAGUUGUUAGCAGAGAGAUUUCGGAAACAACACCCACCUGAGUUUGAGGGAGGCAUAGACCCGGUAGUGGCUGAGGAGUGGAUAAGUCGCAUAGAAAGCAUUUUGCAGAUGCUAAGGGUGGAUGGGAAUGACCGAGUGAAGUGUGCAUCUUACAUGCUGAGGAAAGAUGCUCGUAUCUGGUGGGAGGUGGUGGAACAAACAAAGGAUGUAGAUACCAUGAACUGGGACGAUUUCAAAAGGGUCUUUAAUGAGAAGUAUUAUAACUCGGCGGCUUCUAGCAGCAAAGGUCGAUGA